AUGAGUUAUCUAUAUAACAAUUCAGAUUAUAGUACAUCGCAUACUAUGAAGUCGCCCGUGGCAUACAACCAAUUUCCUAAACUACAGCCAAGCAAUUCGACAGCCACUACUAAUAAUACAGCCACAACAGCAACGGCAGCAGCGGCAGCAGCAUCAGCAUCAGCAUCAGUUACACCACUGUUGACAUCACCAACAUCAUUGACAACACCACAGAACAAGUAUAGACGUGGAGGAUUGGAUAAUACGCUUCCCAAACUAGAAACUACAAGAAAGAACAGACAAGAUGAUAUCAGUUCAAUCACGCCCAGCAAUUCAAUCAAUAGUUCUACAACAAAGUUGACGUUACCUCCACGACGAGUUUGGGUUAAAAAGCCCCAAACAAAUAAUCCAACCACGGUACUUGCUUAUGUUAAUGAUAUAAUUGACGAUUUGAAAGUGGCAGUGGUGAAUAAAUAUCCAAAUACAAUUGGUAGAUAUGAAGACGCUGCUGAUUUGCUUGUGAAAAUAGAUUUGAACAAUAUCAAAGUUCCAGUUUCCCCCAGUGUCAAUCGAGUUUCCCAAAGAAUUCCAUUUGAUAAUUGCAUAAUAUUGGAGCCAGAUCAAAAUGUUUGGCAAAUACUAGACAAUUAUUUUCCUAAUGGAAUGACCAUGCACGAUGCCUUGAUAAUUGAGACACCAACAUUCAAACCAGACCACCAAAUGCCAACGCCAAUCACAUCCAGUAUUAAUAACAACUACAAUAAUAAUAAUAAUAAUAACAAUUUUAUGCCUUUUCAAGAACGUCAAUCAAGUAUUGGGAACAACAACAAUAAAACACCAGGAGUCAAACACCCGCAACCAAUACAACCAAAUUAUACUCGUGUAGGUUUACACAAGCCUUAUUCCAUGAAUAGAACAAGUUUCCUGACGGCUAACAACCCUGUCCCAUCUAUCAUCAAGGAUAGAUCGGUGUCGCCAUCAAACUUGGGAGUUUCAAGAAACUCUCCCGUGUCACACAAAAGAUCAUAUUCAAACCCAGUUGCUUCACCAAAUUCUAUUGCAGCACAAGCUAAUAAUCCUCUGGCAGUCUUAUUGUUGCCCAGGAAUUUUUCAUUAGCUAAUAAUAAUAGUAAUCAGGGACAGCAAAGUAACAACAGUACGCCUGCCAAAAAAAAUUUAUCGGAAGAUGGUAGUAAAUCAUUUAAUGACAAGACACAAGAUGAUGUGUCAUCAAAAUUAAAAACAAAUCCUGACAAUACAAACUACCAGGAGAAGCAACAAGAACAGCAAAACACUGAACAAUCUGAAAGUGGGUUUAGUGAAUCUUCAGCAUCACCUGAAGUGGUUCACAAUUCUAAAGCAGCACCAUUACCGUUGACUAAAUCAUCAACAUCUGCCACCACCACUACUUCCCCCAACUCCAACAGUAAUAGUAUCAACAACAAGGGAAAACUGGGUCAAUCCAAAUCAAAGGCAGCUAAUGAUCCAACGCCGACCGAUAUAGUGUUACCAUCUAUUUCUGUUUUGGUAGUUGAGGAUAAUGCCAUUAAUCAAGCUAUUUUGGGAGCAUUUUUACGAAAACGUAAAAUUCAUUAUCAAAUUGCAAAAAAUGGUCAAGAAGCUAUAGAUAAAUGGAAGAAGGGAGGGUUUCAUUUGGUAUUGAUGGAUAUUCAGUUGCCGGUGAAAUCAGGGAUUGAGGCAACUAAAGAAAUCAGACAUUUAGAGAAACUAAACAGGAUUGGAGUAUUUCAUGAAAAUGAAAUUGGGAAAAAUGUAAUUAUUAGUGAAGAAAAUAGAUUAACGUCCAAUACGUUUAGAUCUCCAGUGAUUAUCGUUGCCUUAACUGCCAGUUCAAAUUCUUCUGUGGAUAAAACUAAUGCAUUAACGGCUGGGUGUAAUGAUUAUUUAACCAAACCAGUCAAUUUAGUUUGGUUACAGAAUAAAAUCACUGAAUGGGGGUGUAUGCAAGCAUUGAUUGAUUUUGAUGGAUGGAAAGAUAAGAAUCGAAGAUUGAACAAGGCAUGA